AUGUCGUCCACUCAAACGACCAAUGGCCACGACUCUGGCCAGCCAGCGCCAGCGCCAGCCAAGUUCACAAUCGAUGAGAACGAAGCAGACAAUGAACCGCUGGAGCUGGAUCCAAACUCACCAUGGGACGUCAACAGAGAGAGAGUGGUCAAGCUCAUCUAUCGCAUGCGUAACAAUCUGACAAUUGAUGGCAUUCGCAACGUGCUCGAUCAGCUGCAUCACGCCAUGGCCAUGCCCACUGACGACUCCUCAAAACCAGCGAGCAUCGUCGCUACGCCCACCAUUGCCACUCCGGACAAUGCCAGCGAGGACGACGAGAAGGAGAUCGAGCAAAUGAGAAGAUUGCGAGAGAUCCAGAGACUCAAGGAGGAGGAAGACGAGAAUGAUGAGCGCAUUGCUCAGGAUCUGGCAAGGAGGAGACGCGAAGAGGAGGAGAGAAUCAAGCGUGAGGAAGAGGAAGAGGAAGAGGAGCAACGCGCACAUUUGGCAAGACUGCGUGAGAUCGAGCGAUUGAAGCAGAUCGAGAUUGAAGAGGCUGAGGAGCUUCAGCGUCUGGCCGCCAGCAAUAACCAGGGCUCAUUCUCAAACCUGUCAUCCACCACAUCCAACUCGAGUUCGGUGUCACCGCGCUCCAACUCUUGGCGCGCCAGCAGCGAGAAGAAGUCGAGCGCAUCUCCUGACGCCCUCCCCGCGCCACAGGUCGUGGUACCAGCCGUCUCUUCCAAUGGCAACUCCACAUCCGAGAGGAACAGAAGUCAGACAAUGGCCACCACGCCACAAGAGUCAUCACCCAAGGUGACACGAUCACAGAGUGGCAGCAACCUGUCAGUGAUGUCAUUGCCGUCACCACCACCCAACCCGCAACGUCUGGGUACAUCGACCUCUGCACUGAAUAUCAUUUCAGCCUCGCCAGACAGCGUUGUCACAUCGCCCGCCGUCGCCAACUCACCGCGCCGCAAGGAGUCGCUGAGCGCACCAGACAACAGCAAGAAAAAGAUGUCCGUGUCGCUCGAUAAGUUGGUGUCGCCAUCGUCCUCUGACAAAGAGAAGGGCAAGGGCGAGGUGAAGGAGUCAUUCUUCAACAAGCUGUUCUCGAGCAGAGGCCAGAAAGCCAAGAAGCGUCUUUCCCCAAAGGUUGGCAUUCCCUUCAAUGUCAAGCAUGACGUGCACGUCAACUUCAAUGUGGAGACAGGCUUUGAGGGUCUGCCCAAGGAGUGGGAGGUGCUGAUCAAGUCCAACUUCCAGGAGAGCGAGGUCAUGGAGAAGCCCGAAGACGUGCUCAACGUUGUCAAGUUCCAUGCACAGUACAACAACCUGGACGGUGGCCCCAAUGGCCAGCACUCAGUGCCACCACCCCAGCAGACCCCGGUGCCUCUCGAGAAUGAGACGCCCGUGACGCUCAACGAGCUUAUCAGUCUGGAGGACCCCAAGAAGAUAUACAGCAGCAUCAACAAGAUUGGCGAGGGUGGUGCCGGCGAGGUGUUUGAGGCCGUAAGCUCACGCAACAAUCAAACGAUUGCCAUCAAGAAGAUGAAGCUCAAGGCGCAGAACCUCAAGACGGUAAUCAACGAGAUUGGCAUGAUGAAGAACUCCAACCAUCUCAACAUUGUACAGUACAUCGACAGCUACAUCGUGGCGGACGAGCUCUGGGUGGCCAUGGAGUACAUGGGUGGCGGCUGUCUCACCGAAGUGCUCGACCAGUACAGCGAGAUUCAGCUCACCGAGAACCAGAUUGCAUUCGUCGUGCACGAGGUCCUCAAGGGUCUGGCCUACAUCCACAAGUUCAACCGCAUCCAUCGUGACAUCAAAUCCGACAACAUCCUAAUCGGAUGCAAUGGAGACAUCAAGCUUGCCGACUUUGGAUACGCCGCUCAAUUGACUCAGAACAAGCAGACAAGAAACUCUGUUGUUGGUACACCAUAUUGGAUGGCACCUGAAUUGAUCAAAGGUAAUAACUAUGACUUCAAGGUGGAUAUUUGGAGUUUGGGCAUUUUGACAAGAGAGAUGGCAGAGGGCGAGCCUCCCUAUUUGGAGUUCCCUCCACUGAGAGCACUGUUCUUGUUGACAACACAAGGUCUACCACCCAUCAGAGACUCAUACAAGUGGUCCAAGGAGUUUAAUGAUUUCCUGAGCAAGACACUUGAGAAGGAUACUGCUAACAGACCAUCAGCAAGCGAAUUGUUGAAUCACCCAUUCCUCAAGAAGGCAUGCUCCAGCACACAAUUCUACAAAGCAGUUGAGGCAGCCAAGGUUGCCAAGGAUAACCAAAUCCAUCAAUUGAACAACUUCUCAUAA